CACAGGUAUAUAAAACGUAGCGAUAAAGCUGCGUUUCACCUUAUCUCUCUAAUCAGCAAAAUGCGUCAGCUAAAAACAACUGAGCUAGGGUUUUAGGAUUUUUUAACCUUUUUUUAAUUGUUAGGGUUUAUCUAAACCCCUUUCACAUACUUGGUAGUUCACUCUCUCUCCUCCAUUUUCAUUAUGGAAAUGGAAGCAUUCGACGACGAUGACUUCAGCGACCUGUAUGCUGACGUCGAGGUUCAGGCGAGCUCCGCAAUCAGAGCUUUCAAUGGUCUGACGAAAAUGCCCCCGCCGGAUGUAACUAUUUUCGACGAUGCCACCGGAGGAGAGAAUGGGAAGGGCUACAGCUUCAGCGGAGCUGAAAUAACUGGGGGAAAUGGCGUAAUUUACGACCGUGCCACUGUCGGUGAGGUGUGUGGUGGUUUGACAGAAUUACCCUUGGAUGGAAAUAAGCAAAAGUCUGAUGAUAGUGACUGCAUUUCUCUGAGAAAGAAUCUGAAAUAUGAUUCCUUGAUCUGUAAGAAGAGGAAAGUUGAUGACGUGGCUCACCAAGUGCACAAACCAGGGAAGAGUGCCGAUGCUGAUGUGGACGAUGGCAGAGAUAUCCGUUUCAGCAGAGCUAGUGAAGAUUACAUAUCUGACUUUGGAAGAAACAAUGGUGGAGACAAAGUUGCUUCUGCAAGGGGUUCGAAGCAUACACAUGCAUGGGAUUCCAUGCCUUCGGAUUCAGAUAAGCAUGGAAGUUUGCAGGUAUCUGACUCGGAGGGAGAUAACCACCAUGAAGUGUCUGAUUGUGAUUCAGAUGGAAUGCUUGAAAAAGCUGAUAUCGCAAAUAGAAGAAAUGCUAGUAGCAGCUCCGACGAAGCACCAUUGUUAGCGGAAUUGGAAUCAUCUCAAAGUGGAUGGAGUCACCAUAGCCCAGGUUCCUCUUCUCCUUCCAGUGUUAGUGCUGCACUUAGCAACGAUGAUAAUGAAAAGGACCAUAAGCAUUCAAAAAACACUCGUGACUACCACCCCUCGAACAACUAUAGAAGCCAUACUCUUAAAUCAUGUAUUGAAGAUGGUAGAUAUCGUCAGCGACAAAGGAGUCCUGUCAGAAAAGAAUUGAAUAACCGCAAGGAAUAUAGUGAUAUGCCUGAUUUGAAGAGCCAUCUGACUGACGAGGAUUGUUCUUAUGCCAAUUAUGUCGAGCGUAACAGACAUAUUAGCCAUGGGAGAAGGAGGGAGGUGCUGAGUUUCAACUCUAAACGGAAGGAUAUGCCUUACUACAACCGAUCAGAAAGUUUUUCUACCCAAUUUGGUGGAACUCUCCCUGAUUAUCACUCGGGGCCGCCGUACUUGGAAAACCAAAAUUGGAACAUUCGUCCAAGCUACAGAUACAAGCAUGAUGGUCACUACAUGAGGGAUAAACAAGAUUAUAUUGAGAAAAGAAGUAGUAAGAUGGAUUAUGAAGCUACAGAAGAUAAUAAUUGGUAUCACAAGCAAAGGAGGCAUGUUGUCCAUAGCAAUAUGGAAGUGUCGAGGAAGUUUUUACCAAACUACCACUCCUCUGCAGUUAAUAUGAGCGAUACUCAAUUCAGGAACAAGGGGGAUGAAGUGCAUUUCAGGAGAACAAAACGACACUAUUUGUCACCACUACGUGAUUAUAACAACGACGCAAAAGAAAAAUCUAGAAGAUUUAUUAGAGAUUACCCUGAUCAUAGAUAUGGUCAAAACAUAGACCGUCAAAGAAGAGAAACGGAGCGCUCUGUAAGUGGCAACCGAAGAAGAGACAACCCUCAUAUUAGUUCGGAUAACUUAUGGUAUAAGGAGGGUGAAGAUAAUGGCAGGAGAUGCGUUAAACAACGGCAUCUUCCUUUUUAUUCUCAUCUUGCGGAGAAUCAACAUGUCAGAAACAAACACUACCUGCAAUCUACCGACACGUACAUCACUAAUGAAAGUAUCAAAGACCACUUUGUUAGAAGAAGGCACCAAACCGAGGCACUGCAUUCAAGGGAAGAGGUGUAUAAGUCCUGGCAGCAGGAUAAUACUAUCUUCCACUCGGAGAGACCAUCAUAUCAUUAUCCAAAAAAAUCAAAGAAUGACAGACUUGGUGAUAGACAUGCAUUUGGUCGUGUGGCAGAGGUUAUUGGUGAAAGAGAAGUUGGUAGCAGACAGAGAUUUAAUAAUAUAAGAGAAGGAGAUAGUAGGAAUCAGUUUGAUGGAUGUCUUAAAUUUAUCGAAGCUGAUAAAUGUGUCCAGAUGCACCGAAAGUAUCAAUAUUCAGUUGACUCUCGUUUGGUUGUUGUGGACAAAAAGCGUACCACCCCGCAGUCAUCUAGAAGAGCCUCUGAAGAUGGAGAUGAUUUUAAUUGUCAUAAAAAUGAUCUCACUGAAUCGAACGCCAAUCAGAAUCCCGGAAAUCUUGAAGACUUGGGUGACUUUAAGCUAGAGAAGGCUGCUUCUAUUUCAACCGAUGAAAGAAAGGUAAAAACUACUAACCUUAGUGACAAAAAUUGGCAGGACAAGUUCUCCGAAAACCCGAAGAAUGAAUGUUUGGAUGUUGAGGAAGGCCAGAUAAUUGGUGAAGAAAGUAACGGCCACACAGUAAAAUCUGCUUCGAAUGGUACUGCUGCCGUGGUUGAGAGUCUUGGCGAUGAGAAAAUUCAGGAGAUUAUGGCAAAGAUGGAAAGACGAAGAGAGCGCUUUAAGGAACAAAUUACUUUGAGCAGGGAUUCUGCGAAGAGCUCGAAUUUGGCUUCUGAAACGGCUUUUGAGGGUAAGCUAGAAAGACCAGCAAGAAAAAGGAGGUGGUUUUGAAUAUAUAGAUAAGUUCUUUUGCUGCUGUUGUAUUUUUUGCAUCGGGAACUUAUAAGUUAUAACUGAACGUAUAAACGUGAAGGCAAUGUAGGAUAUAUAUCUUUACUGGAGUGGAAGAUAUAGAUAUUAUUACCAUUUUCUUAAAUCGACAUAUGUAAUAACCCAGGUGUAAAUUGAACUCUAAUGUGCCUUCUUUAGAUUGCUAUUUUAAUAUGUUUUUUUUGGGACAGAUUAUCUGUAAUUUGUUUGAAUGAAGUGGUAAUUCAGUUCGGU